AUGAAUAACGAAGACACCCUCAGAUUCCCAUCACUCGAAUGCAAGCGAGCAAAUCUCUUAUCUGCUCGACCUCCCCUACACCAAUACCAUCGUAUGCUCUGUUUCUUCUACAUGACUACUGGUGGCAUCGACGAGUCGCUACCUCGACCUUCUCCCAGUCGAUUUGGUUCAUCAGAUCAUGCGUUGGAUGGCCUACUUGCGGCUUGGAUCCCUGGCGUCCAGUGGGUGACCAUCGUUGUUCUCUGA